UUUGCUUUCAGGUACCUUCCUGCCGCAGACCGAGUCAUCUCCAUAAUAAAAUUACGAAACCGGACGUUGACUGCACACUGGGCAAAAUUUAUGAAUCAAAACAAUGUGGACUUGAAACGAAAGCAUCGCUCAAAUACAACAACAUAACAAUGUGCCAUCAACUGUGAAGCCCAGUGGUCAUAAACAACGCGCGGCUGGACAAAGGAGUGACAGUGAAAAUGUGUUUCAAAAGAUAAAAAUGGCAAAAAUAAUUAGGAUGUGAAACAUGUUGGAAUGCGUGCGCGGCGCGAGCACAGUGGUACGCGCGCCGGCCGCCCGCCGACACAACGUACCGCCGCGCGCACUCCUGCUACUGCUCGCACUGCUGCACUGCGCCAGAGUGGCGGCGUGCGGCGGGUCGCUGGGCGCGGCGCUGGUGUGCGCGCGGGCGCCCGGCCUCACGGACCGGCAGCGCGCCAUGUGUCGCCAGUCGCCCGCCGCUGUCGCCGCCAUCGGAGACGGCCUCCGGAUGGCGUACGCGGAGUGCCGGCUGCAGCUGGCGGGGCGGCGCUGGAACUGCUCGGGCGUCGGGGACGGACACCACUUCGGACACGUCAUGCCCCUCGCGACAAAGGAGGCAGCGUUCACAUACGCGAUCACGUCGGCGGGCGUGACGCAUGCGCUGAGCGCGGCGUGUGCGCGGGGCGACCUGCCCGCCUGCCAGUGCACCUCCAACCGACGGCGCGGCACGUCGACGUCGGAGCAGUUCGAGUGGGGCGGGUGCGGGGAGGGCGCGUACGGCGCGCGGCUGGCGCGGCGCUUCCUGGACGCGCGCGAGCUGGAGCGCGACGCGCGCGCGCUCAUGAACCUGCACAACAACCGCGUCGGCCGGAAGGUGAGCCAGGUGGUGAAGGACCUGGUGCGGCGCGAGUGCAAGUGCCACGGCGUGUCGGGCUCCUGCGCGGUGCGCACGUGCUGGCGCGCGCUGCCGCCGUUCCGCGCCGCCGCCGCCGCGCUGCGCGACCGCUACGACCGCGCCCGCCUGGUCGCGCCGCGCCACCAGCCGCCGCACCACACGCACCUCGUCAUAGUGCGCAGACAGAAGCAGAACCCGGGCGUGGUGCGGGUGCCGCGCAAGUCGGACCUGGUGUUCCUGGAGCCGUCGCCCUCGUACUGCGAGCGGGACGACGCCGUCGGCUCCUUCGGGACACACGCGCGGGUCUGCAACAGGACCUCCAGAGGCGACGACGGGUGCGAGUCGCUGUGCUGCGGGCGCGGGUACAGCACGGUGCGGCGCGUGCAGGAGACCAAGUGUCGCUGCCGCUUCCACUGGUGCUGCCGCGUCUCCUGCGACACCUGCGUGGCGCGCACCGAGACGCACGUCUGCAACUGACGCACUGCACGCACUCGCCGGAUUGUGAAUAUUUGUGAUAACGACAUAAUAAUAGAUCGUAAGGGUAACAUUAUUGUUUAGUCUGUAAGUGUGUGUGAAUGAACUUGCCUCGUAUUGUACAGCUGAUGUAAAUGUUAGACAUAAGUGUGCAGCGCGGCGACCGACGACACGCCACGUAACAUUACUCGUAACUUGUAACUUGUAACCACCGAUACUCUCUCACAUUCCUGUCGCCCGCGCCGCGUGAUGUUGCUCGGGAAUAUGUCACUAUGUUACUUGUUGGUCGAUACUUAACCACAUAAGAACCUCAACAAGCAUUGCUGACGUUAUGACAGAAAAAUCCAGACAUUUUCGCUCUCUUCUCAGUUUCAGCCCCACUACCGAAACCAGUGCUCUGGUGCGGCCCUGUUUAUGUGUAUAAAUAGAAAUUGAAAUCUUAAAAAAUAUUUGUGUACCUAACUAUACAAUAAAUUCACCUUUUUGUUCUUGUUUUCUUGUCAAAUUCACCAAAAUAAUUAAAAAGUAGCACUCAAAAAUAAUCCACGUCUCUAUUGAUGACUAUCUAAGUAUCGACCUUCAGUCCAACGCUAACCGAUUGUAUGAUUGUAUAGAACUCACUGUCUACUAGUACCUAACUGAUGCGCUGUAAAUAAUUUUAUUAAUAAUCAUGUCACAUUAAUUUUAUUGUACAAUGUAAUACGCAUUCAUCUGCAACAAUUUAUAGAAUUUUUCUCGAGCAAAAUAUUAUUUUUACAAAAAUGUUAAAAACAUGCACGUUUGUUUAAUGUGUUUAUAAAUUCAUUUUAUUUUCAUUUAUUAAAAAUAAUUGCUGCAAUAAACCUAAUUAUUACUAUGUAAACAUGUUAUUUGCACUCGCUGUGUUAAAUUCUAUGAAUUAUUGUAUUAUACCCACACAUCGUGUGUGAUGUGGCGUGCCCCUGGAGUGAUUAGUGCGAGUUUUUUAUUGAUUCGAUCGCGUUAACAUUAUCUACGUUUUGUACGGGACAGUCCGAGACGGCUACAGAGCCGUACCAAUCGUAGAUAAUGUUCACGCGAUGGAGUCAGUGAGCACCUCGCACUGGGCACUCAUACAAGAUACUUGUAUUAACUUAUUCAUUGACGGCGGCCGACGCGACCGCUGCCUCGCGCCGAAUAAACCUCUACCACGAA